AUGUCGGACGUUCCACCCCCUGACAUGGGUGCGAUCGUGCCCCAGAACUUUGGCGUCAGGCCUCAAUUUGCGAAAGCUGUCGUACAUGGCAAAGGCAUUAAUACAUUUGGCAAUGCCUUCCUUCUUGACUUCCAAUCUGCUUCCGAUCUUGCACUUGUUGCCGCGCCAGUCGCGCGUAAUGUGGAUUGGCGUGAUAUCAACAACGUCAAAGUCAAUUCGAAAGGGCAAAGACGUGCAUGUGUCACCCAACAAAUCGGGAUGGCUGCCUCUCUGUCAUGCACACACUGUUCAGCAGGUCAUGGGCCUUUUCUUUCGUGCGUGGUCACGGUUCUCAAUAGUGGAGACGUCAUGUUCAGCGGCUCUUGCGCCUCGUGCGCGUACGGGAAUGCUGCAAGCAGAUGCUCUUUCCGUCAGAAUCCUCCCAAGAACCUUGUUCGCUUUAUGCGAGAUGCUUAUCCGACCUCCUAUUAUUGUAUCUCUCGCCAUCUGGUCGAAGAUCCAGCUGCGGAAGAGGACGAUCGUGAUAUAGACGAAGCUUCUUCUCCUGUGAUCACGCCGCGAAAGCGUCGUGUCACUGCCUCUGCGUCUUCUUCUAAGGAGACCACAUCUCCUGUCUCUAAGAAGCCGCGUGUAAAUAUUCCUGCUCCGGCAACUCCGGAGACUUCAGUUCGCGCUAAGUCGGUCCUUUCUCCUGCAAGAAAGACCCAGAAGAUCCAAUCUCCUUUUCAUGUGGCUUCCUCUUCCUCUCCUGGUCCGAAAGGACCUGUCCGCGCUACCGACGUCAAGCGUCCUAGUGGCCCAGUUUAUCCAACAGACUGGUAUUUCUCUCCACUGGACGACCGUGAUGUCUACUAUUGCCUCAAAACUGGCAAGUUUGAGCCAAUGCUGGCAGCAUACAAUCAGCUGUCUUUGGUGGAGUCUCGUUUGGCCCACGAUCAUGCACGAAUCGAGGCGGUUCUAAAAGAGAACAACAUCAUCAAGCAUGAUGAGAGCGAAGCUGAGUCGGAAGAGAAUCCUUUCGCGCUCGAUGUGGUAUCAUAUUACCAUAUGGUACAGUUAUUUUCAUUAUAUAUGUAA